GCAGCUCAGGGGGGCUUCGCCGUACCCCCAUCACUCUGUCUUUGCGAAAAAGUCAUGAAGAGCUCCGCACAGCCCGUAGCGCUCUACGCCUCAGCCUCUGUAUGAUCCGCAGUUCAUUUGCUGUGUUUUUUUUUUCUUUCCUAUUUGGAUGUCAGACGCAUCAAUGAAGAUAUUUCGUUUGGAGUCUACCUUGUAGGAACGGAUUUCCCAAUGUGAACUCAGCUGAAAAGCCGCCACUAAAACAACAUGUCUCGCCGCAAGCAAGGCAAACCCCAGCACUUGAGCAAACGGGAGUUUUCGCCUGAGCCGCUGUCAGGUGUUCUACCAGAAGAAGACUCUCAGGACUCCCCCAGGCUGGGAGUGGCUCAGGUUGACACCCUAAAAGGGGACCAGGACCUGCUGACCUGCGGCCAGUGCCACUCCCGCUUCCCGCUGGCUGACAUCCUGCUGUUCAUUGAACACAAACGGAGGCAGUGCCACGGGAGCCUCUGCACGGACAAACCUCUGGACAGGCCACCAUCCUCCCCGCUCGCCUCGCCCCUCUCCACGUCCUCCACGCACUCGCGGACCCACCAUCAGCACCCGCGGAGGGUGUGUCACCCCGUUGAGGUGGCUGUUCAGGUGUCGCCGCAGGAUGAGGAUUGUUUAUCUUCACCCUUGCAAGGAAUAAUCCCCAAGCUGGAGAAUAUCACAGAUAAAGAUGAGCCCAGCAGUUACACCUGCACCACGUGCAAGCAGCCCUUCACCAGUGCCUGGUUCCUGCUCCAGCACGCCCAGAACACCCACGGCUUCCGCAUCUAUCUGGAGAGCGAGCCUGGCAGCCCCCUCACCCCCCGCGUCGCUGCAGCUCCUGGGAUGGGUGGUGACUGUGCCUCCUCCCAGCCUCCCCUCCAUGCCGUCCACUUAGCUGAAGGCAGUCCUUACAGCCUCCUGAGGAUGCCGGGCUCCGGGUCUGGUCGGGAUUCAGCGUCCACACCUCGUGAGGGUCGCUACCCCCGGACCCCGCCGCUGUUCAGCCCUCCACCGCGACACCACCUCAGCCCCGAUGACUUGGCCCUGGCAACCCACCAUCCCAGCGCCUUUGACAGGGUGAUGAGGCUCAACUCAGUGCCACUAGAACCGCCUCCGACCAUGGACUUCUCCAGACGUCUACGUGAGCUGGCUGGGAACGCCACCGGCGCUUCCCCACCUCUCUCCCCUAACAGGCCCAACCCUAUGCAACGGCUGCUGCAGCCAUUCCAGCCAGGUUCUAAGCCUCCAUUUUCAGCUACACCCCCCCUCUCCACCUCUCAGUCACCUUCUGGCUCACGUUCCACCCCCAACGCCGUAUCCAAUGCAGCGCAGCCGGGCACACCUCUCAAGGCAAAGUCUUGCGAGUUCUGCGGGAAGACCUUCAAGUUCCAGAGCAACCUAAUCGUUCACCGGCGUAGCCACACGGGGGAAAAGCCAUUCAAGUGUCACCUCUGUAACCACGCCUGCACCCAGGCCAGCAAACUGAAACGACACAUGAAGACGCACUGUCAGAGCAAGUCGUCGGCGCUUAACGCCAAGUCAGAUGACGGCCUCUCGACCGCCAGCUCCCCUGAACCUGGCACGAGCGAUCUGAUGGGCAGCGCCACAGACGCCCUCAAGUCAGUGGUGGCCAAGUUCAAGAGUGAGAACAAUGGCCUGAUGCCCGAAAAUGGAGAAGAGGAGGAGGAGGAGGAGGAGGAAGAGGAAGAGGAGGAAGAGGAGGAGGAGGAAGAGGAGGAGGAAGAAGAGGAGGAGGAGGAGGAAAUUGAGAGCAAGCCUGGAGUGGAAGAAGAAGAGGGAAGGAAUGACUAUCGUUUCAGCCUGCGGCUAGAAGGUGCUCGCCACCACCAGAACAGCGAGGCCCUGCACCCACGCCACCGGAGCUCGUCCCGGGAACCCGCUGAUGAGGAGUCGGCCAUGGAGUCGGACCGGGCAGAGGACGGAAGCACCACUACCGUCAAUGGCCUGGGACCUCUAUCCACUGACAACCUGUCCCGGAAGCUGCUGGGUGGAGGGGUCAGUCCCGGCUCCCUCAGUCCCCUGUCCAAGCGCAUCAAGGUGGAGAAGGACCUCGACCCCCCCACGCCCACCAUCCCAAACACAGAGAACGUCUACUCCCAGUGGCUCGCCGGCUACGCUGCCUCACGACAACUCAAGGACCCCUUCAUCAACUUUACAAGUGGGGACUCCAGACAAUCGCCCUUCGCCUCCUCAUCCGAGCACUCGUCGGAAAACGGCAGCCUGCGCUUCUCCACCCCACCCGGCGAGCUGGACGGGGAGCGGGCCGCUUCAGGACGCAGCGGCACUGGCAGCGGGGCCAGCACUCCCCACGGCGGCAGCGGGAAUGGCAGGCCGAGCUCCAAGGACGGCCGCCGGAGUGACACUUGUGAGUUUUGUGGAAAGGUGUUCAAGAACUGCAGCAACUUGACAGUGCACCGACGCAGUCACACUGGAGAGCGGCCCUACAAGUGUGAGCUGUGCAGCUAUGCAUGCGCCCAGAGCUCAAAGCUCACCCGCCACAUGAAGACCCACGGACAGAUGGGCAAGGACGUGUACAAAUGUGAAAUCUGCCACAUGCCUUUCAGUGUAUACAGCACUCUGGAGAAACACAUGAAGAAGUGGCACAGCGACCGCCCUCUGGCUAAUGACAUUAAGACUGAGUAGGCAAAGAGCGGCGUGCUGGCAGCUCUCUCUCUCUCUCAGCUCCCCUGGCUAAAAAGCGACCCUGGCUAACUAGCUGAUAAGUGAGGGGAAAGGACAACAGGGUUAGACACCAGUACACAGUACAGCCCUGUUAUAAUCCCCGACUGGAAAAAGCUGAAUGCAUGAUCCAUCAUUGGGGCAAUACUAUUGCAUCAAACGCAAAACUUUUUGAGCCUUUCUAUUGUGCAAUAAUUUCCACGUUUUGUAUUUUUUGUAACUGGACAGCAUGCUCGGUGUGUUUUGGCUACUUAGAGAGAAAAUUGUCCUCGGCUGGUGGGUUUGGUUG